AUGACUGCAGCAAAAUCUGCAGCAAAGCAUGCUGCCAUCAGUGGGGCACUUCCUCAACCCAUCUGUGAUUUCUGCAUCCCUGUCACCAAGGCCAAACUCUCUAUGGACCAAUGGGAUGCGUGGGAUGCCGGUCAACUUGAGUUUUUGUGGGUUCCUGCUAUGAAGGACCAGUGGAUUCUCAGCUAUGUGCUCCUCCCCGCCAGAUAUUGGUCGUCCUGGGUGUAUCUUUGCUACUGUGUAGAGUACUGGCUCGCAGUGUGGAAAUGUUGGGAUGGUGAGUCAAAGAAGCAUCAAAAGCAGAAGAAAAUGAAGGUGCAACAAGAGAGGGCGGUCCUGAUUGACACCUCUCGCAAGAAUGCUGGUGCACAUUUCCUUCAAGCCAUGGUUGCCAGAAGAAUUGUGUUGGAGGAGUGCAUGGCGAAUGAUUGGCUAUUUGUGGAGUUUGAUGAGUUGCCUGAUGAUGUGGACAUGUAUUUAGAGGCUGAUCCAUUGCACCCAGAAAACAAAAAGAUAUUCGAAAUGGGCUGGGGCGUAAAUGUGAACGACAUCUCAAUGAUGCUUGGUCAGGCAGAUGAUGCAUGGAUGUCCAAGGGACUUGACCUCUCAGUUAUGUUCAAGAAAGAGAUGGAUGCAGCUCUCAAGAGGCUCAGAGAUGGAGGGCAGGAGGUCCACAUCACACAUGAUGAAAAUGCAGAAUUGCCAGACAAGUGGCAUGAGUCCCAUGAGCCACCAAUACAAUUCAUUAGCAAAAGAAAGGACCAGCUCCUUCGUGCGGUGAGGAGUGGAUGGACUUGUGCAUCUGCCCCACUAACAUGA